AUGCAAUUUGAAACAGCGGCUCUUCUACAAACCCUCCUCCCAUGUGGCCAUUGUGUACUGCCAAUCAAUCUUGAGGAAAAACUGUUUGAAGGCCUACUAAAAAGCCAGCUGACCUGGUUAAAGUCUCAUGCAUACUUGUACCAAAUGGUGAAAGGACUGCGUAAACCUGCCGACAGAUGCGAUGACUUGCGCCUUGAACAUAUUAAAAGUUCUGGGGAUGCGUAUGGUCAUCUCAAAGUCACAGGACGUAGUAUUUCAAAAGAAUUCGUUUCUAAGGUGUCUUUUGGAGACUGUCUGAAAGGAAAUCGACACACUCCCCACUCGCCUCAGCCAGUGUAUACUGAGGGUGACACUUCUCUCUAUGAACCAGAAGAUGACGCUGCUGCCAGUAGCCUAAAAAUCGAUGAACACAUUUUAGGCGACAAUAAUCCACCGGUUGACAGGGUCUCUCCCUCCCUACUAAAAGAUGUGGUCGCUCAGUGUGUUGUGGUCGAGACGCAGAGGACAACCAUUGAGGACAUUGAGCCGCCUGCCUCACCUGACUCCAUCUCCGAACCAGUAUGUCCUUCGUCACCAAAGGACCACUCGGACGUAACAGAGACCCUCCCAACCCAGCCAGCCAUGCCUGAAGGUAAGUAA